AUGGCCGUGUCAGCAAGACCAGAGGGAGACUAUGGCGGACCGGGGACUGGUGGACCAGCGUCUAAUGGACCAGUAUCUGGUGGACUGGGGUCUGGAGGCCUCGGGUCGGGUGGAUUAGGAUCUGGAGAACAGGUGUUCAGUGGCCAAGGCACUGUGAUUCAGGCUCGGUAUGUGCCCGCAACAUCUGGAGGACAGGGAGGCCAUUACGGCUCCGCCCCCGCCAGCUACAACUUCCAGUGGGACGUCAACGACCAGCCAUCAGGCAACUUCUACGGUCACGAAGAGCAGAGGGACGGAGACAACACCCAGGGCAGUUAUUAUGUCCAGCUGCCUGACAGUCGCAAACUGAAGGUUGAAUACUUCGUUGACCAGUUCGGUUACCACCCCACCGUCAGCUUCGAGGGAGAUGCCCAGUACCCCAGCGGGUCACAGAAGGGCUACUACCAGUAG